CUCAUCCUAGUCUCAACACUCCUCCGCAGAGGGGUGAAAACAGGCUUAUUUGAUUCAUCAAUUCGACUGAAAAAAAUCGGGUUUUGAUUUGGUGUCAUGCUUAUGGUACUACAGAUCAUUACGCAGCUGAGCUUCUUUGGUUAAUUAUCUCCGGUCCGGUAAAAUCAUGAGUGAUGUCUGGUUGAGUCCUGUCUCCAUCACCUCUACAUCGAAUCAAUUAGACUAUGGUUGUUAUGCCGUCAAGAAGAGCUGUUGUCAUUGGUCUUUGUGUCACUCGUUGGACUUGGCAUUGACCAUGAAGCUGAAACGGAGGCGUCUAGCUUAUGGUAAUGUAAAAAUGGAGUCUUUUUCAUCAGGAACAAAGAGAAUAUGUUUCAGUAAGGUGAGUAGUGCGCUAGAAAGAUCCUCCAACGGUGAAACCAUGGCUUUGGAUUUUGAAUCUGGAUUGAAAGAAAAUCUUUCCGGUUUGUUUGUAGAAGAUGAGGUAGAAGAGAAGCCUGAAGUAGAUAAGAGUAGGAUACAUUUCUUAGAAGAGAGGGACGAGGAGAUGUUAUCAAAGAGACUUCUGAAACUCAGCAGGUUAGACAAAGUCAGAAGCGCAUCAGAGCUGUUUGAUUCCAUGAGGCUUUCAGGUUUACAACCCAACCCCCACGCUUGCAACUCUCUUCUCUCGUGCCUCUUGAGGAGUGGAAACCUUCCUAAACUCUUCACCGUCUUUGACUUCAUGAGAACAAAGGACAACCUCACAGGCCACACGUACAGCUUGCUGUUGAAAGCUGUCUCAGAGCUCAAGGGUUGCGACUCUGCGCUAAGAAAGUUUAGAGAGCUAGAAAAGGACCCCAAACACAAGAGCCACUUCGACGUUGUCCUAUACAACACCGUGGUUUCUCUAUCUGGACGGGUGAACAACGUGCAAGAGACAGAGAGGGUAUGGAGAGCUAUGCAAAGCGAUGGUCUAAUUGGAACCGAGGUUACAUACUCUCUGCUCGUUAGCAUCUUUGUCCGGUGCGGGAGAACCGAGCUGGCUCUCGAUGCGUACGACGAGAUGAUCAGCAACAACGUAUCUCCUAGAGAGGACGCAAUGCAAGCGAUGAUAAGCGCGUGUACAAAGGAAGAGAGAUGGAGCUUGGCGUUGAAGAUCUUUCGGAGCAUGUUAAAGAAAGGGAUGAAGCCUAAUCUAGUAGCGUGCAACGCACUGAUCAACUCGUUAGCAAAGGCUGGGAAAGUGGGAUUGGUGUUUAAGGUUUACAGCGUUGUUGUAAAGUCUUUAGGGCAUAAACCUGAUGAGUACACUUGGAACGCGUUGCUCACGGGUUUGUACAAAGCGAACCGAUACGAUGAUGUUCUCCAGCUGUUUGAUAUGGUGAGAAGCGAGAGGCUGUGUUGUGUGAAUGAGUAUUUGUACAACACGGCUUUGGUGUCUUGUCAGAAGCUUGGUUCUUGGGAGAAAGCUGUGAAGCUUUUGUAUGAGAUGGAAGGUUCCGGGGUAACAGUUUCGACUUCGUCUUAUAAUCUGGUGAUAAGCGCUUGCGAGAAGUCAAGACAGUCGAAAGUCGCGUUGCGAGUGUAUGAGCACAUGGUGAUAAGGGGUUGUGAGCCGGACACGUUUACGUAUCUGUCGCUUAUAAGGAGUUGCGUUUGGGGUUCACUGUGGGGAGAGGUUAAAGAUAUACUAAAGAAGGUGGAACCAGAUGUGUCGCUUUACAACGCUGCUAUACAUGGAAUGUGUUUAAGACGUGAGUUCAAGUUAGCAAAGGAGCUGUAUGUGGAAAUGAGAGAGGUGGGUCUAGAACCGGAUGGUAAGACUCGAGCUAUGAUGCUACAGAACUUGAAGAGACAUUAAAAAGUUUAAUGUGUAAAAAAAAAAAGGGUUUAAUGUGAGAUACUGUUUUUUGUCUACUCAAUUGUUGACCAGUAUCAUAAUCUAAGACAAAGAUACUUGUUAUUACUUUCGUGAAUGAUCCAAACUCAUUUAUUACAA